AUGACGUAUGUGUGCGUGCACAGGGUUUUCUACGGAUACCUGCACAAGGAGAAUGAAUCUCACAGCACAGCUGAAGUCGAGUCUGCCAUCAGAGAGUUUCAGUGGUUGUCUCAGCUGCCCGUCACUGGAGGACUGGACAGGGUCACUCUGGAGAAGAUGAGCUCGCCCCGGGUUCAGGACGCCUGGGGUCAAAGGGUCAGCAGGGUCUUCACAGGCCGACAGCUCCGGAAGAAGCAUUCUCCUCAGACAGGAGAGAAGUGGCACAAACGUCAUCUGACGUAUUGUAUCAUGAACUGGCUGUGUAAUCUGUCUCCCAGUCAUGUGCAUAUGGCAGUGAAGAUGGCGUUCCAGCUGUGGAGUAAUGUGUCCAGACUGAACUUCCAGGAACUCCAGCAGGGUCCUGCCGACAUCCGGCUGGCCUUCUUUGAAGGAGAACAUAACGAUGGGACAGGGAAUGCAUUUGACGGGCCAGGUGGCGCUCUGGCUCAUGCAUUUUUCCCUUUCCGUAGUGAAGCUCAUUUUGACUUGUCUGAACGCUGGACAAUGAACGGUCUCAAAGGACACAACCUGUUCCUGGCCCAUGAAAUUGGCCACACUCUGGGAUUGGUGCAUUCGCUUGUCCGUCACGCUCUAAUGUCACCAUACUAUAAGAAGAUGGGCUCGAAUGCGCUGCUCAGCUGGGAUGAUAUCACUGCUUUACAACAGAUGUACGGUAAACAAGCAUCUAAUUUCUUGUCUGAACUUCUGAAAAGCUUUUUGUUGUUUGUAAUAUUGUAGGCUUUUAGGGUUACACUUUAAUUUAAGGUCCAA